AUGGAAAAUCCCAACCAAACUACUCUGAAUAAGAAUCAUUUCCCAAAACUUUUACAUUCUUUAGUUGAUCAAGUUGAAAUAUAUUCAUCUAAAAAUAUCAAAAGCGGAUUCAGAGCAACGGGGAUCUACCCAUUCAACCCAAGAGAAGUACUGAAGCGUGUACCAGAGUAUCAAGAAGAUGUGGCAUCAUAUGGGAUUGACAAUGCAUUGCUAGACUACUUAAAGCAGAUCAGGCAGCCAAAUCCUAUGACAACAAAAAGAAACAAAAAAGUUUUGACUGUACCUGGAAAAUCAGUAACAGUCGAUGAUUUACUGCUGACUUCCCAACUCUCAAAAUCGAAUGUACGAGCCAAAGUCAAAUCAUCCAAGAAUACUACGACACUCACGAAUGUAGAUCCUGCAGCCUCACUCGCAAGUGUCUCACUCGAGAAUUUUAAUAAAAAUUACAAUUAUAACAUUAGUUAUAUUUUAAACGAAAAAACAGGUCUCAUGGAAGCCACAAAAAACGCUGAUUUAGCAUUUGAAACUGAUUUACCCGUGAUUUCCAUAAAAGACCAAGACAAGCCCAAAAAGAUAAAUAUUCUAUUCGACAUCAUUUUACCAGAACAUAAGACUGAGCCUAUUGCAAAAACUAAAACUAAAUACUUUAAAGAAACUGAUACAAGCUUUAAUUAUCAUAGAAAAACCACAUACUGA